AUGGAUGCCAAUGAUAGUAAAGUAACUCAGAAUACCGACGAGACUGUCAAAGAAAACGGCCACUUCAACAAGGGAAACGAGGACAAGAAGAUCUUUGUUGGGGGAAUCGCAUACGAUGUGCUCAAUGAAGAUCUCACCAAUCAUUUCCAACAGUUUGGAGAGGUCGCUCAGGCCCAGGUGAAAUUCGACCGAGUCACUGGCCGUUCAAGAGGCUUUGCCUUUGUCGAGUUUGCGACUGGAGAGGGUUGUAAGGCAGCACUUGCCGCUCGCGAACAAACCAUCAAGAACAAGCAGGUUGAAGUGAAGCCCGCGAAGUCGAGAGAAAACAAGAAAGUGUUUGUUGGUGGUUUGCCAUCCGACUACAACGAGGGCGAGCUCCGAACUCACUUCGAACAAUUUGGAAAGGUUGAGGACAUUGAGUGGCCUUUCGACAAGCAGACCAAAAUGCGCCGCAACUUUGCGUUCAUCGUUUUCGAGGAAGAAGAGGCAGCUGAUAAAGCUUCGGCUCAAGCGAAGCAAACCUUCGGAACUCGCGAAUGUGACGUGAAGAAAGCAGUGCCUCAGGGCAAGCGUUUUGCUGCGAUGGGUGGUCGUGGCAACGGAAUGCGACCCUAUGGUGGAAGAGGUGGUGUUAAUGGAGGAGCUGCUUGGUAUGGAGCCUGGGGUCAGAUGGGAAUGCCUUAUGGUGCAGGAGCAGCAUGGGGAGACUGGUACGGUGCAGCAAAUUCCUUCUAUGGUCAACAGAACGGUGCCGCAGCGUACGGAAAUGCAUAUGGUGCAGCAGGUGCGGGAUAUGACGCGUUCCAACAAGGAGCUCGUCAGAAUGGUAAUGCAACCGGACAACGCUAUCAACAGGCUGCUCAGCAGCAGUACUGA